GUAAAAUGUCUGUUCCAGGAGCCUACCAGGCGGCCGCUGGGCCUUCCUCGGUGCCAACCGCGCCCCCAUCCUACGACGAGACAGUGGCCGUCAACAGUUACUUCCCCAUGCCUCCUGCCGUCGUGCCGGGGCCAACCACAGGGCUGGUGACCGGCCCGGAUGGCAAGGGCAUGAAUCCGCCUGCCUACUACACGCAGCCAGUGCCCGGCCCCAACGCCAAUGCAAUUGCUGUGCAGACCGUAUACGUGCAGCGGCCUGUCUCCUUUUUCGACCGUCCGGUCCAGAUGUGCUGUCCUUCCUGCAACAAGAUGAUCGUGACUCAGCUGUCCUACAACGCUGGCGCCCUCACCUGGCUCUCCUGUGGGAGCCUGUGCUUGCUGGGGACAUCAGUCUUGGAGCCCGCCUGGAUCUUCCAGGACGAUCCCAUCUUGAGAUCAUUCGUGACACCUGCAAAGACCCUGGUCCCAAGGACGGUCAGACCCAGAGUUCCUGCGGGCUUAGGACGGCCUACCUAUCUUUAUGGUGGCCACCAUCCACAACUGUGACAGAGGGUGACACGCUCCGUGUCUGUUUUUGUCCUCCAGAAAUAGAAUUUGUUGUAGGACAUCAGAAGACAUGAUUUCUAGGACUCAAUCAACAAGCCAGAGUUCUCGGUUAGCUGCUGCAUCAUCUCCGAAAUCAAGAUAAAGCUGGGCUCGACUUUCUCGAGAGUCCCUGUUUUGAUAAUGAAUAGGCACAGGGAAUGCAUGUGAAUAAUAUUAUGUAGAAAUCAAGCCUAGACCUGGAACGAAGAUCUGUAUAUUGGCCGAAAAUUAUAGUUGUAACCAGUGAUCCAGCUUAUUCAUUUGAUGUUUUGAAAGUUCCAGUAAUUAUUUUUGCAAUGAAUACGGAUACUACAUAGUGCUUUGGUGUUAUCUGCUUUUGAAAAAAUAAAGUCUUUGGUUCACUUAGUGAACUAUUUAUCAGUU